GAAUCGAAAGUCGUUUUUUCUUUGUUCGCCAUCUUGUUCAGAGUAACGUAUCUGUGUCUGGGAGCGGUCGGUGAGGAUCAGCUGUAACGGGACUGUUACCGAGGAUGAAGAUGAUGAUGAUCGUGCUCCUCUUACUCAUUUCCCAGCAUGCCUCAGGGGUGGAGGUGUAUGAGGGGAAGGAGUCUGUUCUGCUGCCCUGUCAGGUACCAGCUGAUGUUUCCAGGAGCUUCACAGCAGCAGUGUGGAAAAACGAGGAGCUCAGAAACCCAACAGUUCACCUGCGUAGGCAGAAAAGUGACGAUCUUAGUGGUCAGAAUAAUGUUUACAAACAUCGAACAUCAAUGAGAGUCGACGCUCUGCAGACUGGAGACCUCAGCCUCACUCUGAGGAAGCCCACAGUCUCUGACAGUGGUAACUACACCUGCAUCCCAAGCAAGGAGGGAGAAGUUCAGAGCGAAACUGUAGUACAGCUGAAAGUCACAGAACCUCCUCCUCCUUCAGUCUGGCCCAUAGUCGUCGCAGCUGUGCUGGUUACUCUGGUCAUCCUGGCUGUUGUCUCAAGUCCGUUUGUGUGCUGUGCAUAUAAAAGGAUAAAGGACAGCAAAGCUCUGCUGCCAGAGGUGGUGGAGGUGCCACAGGGGGAGGAGUCUGUCCUGCUGCCCUUUAAAGCUACAGCUGACCUUCCUCAGGACGUCACAGUGGAGUGGACACUCACUCAACCCAAAGAGUGGAAGGUCCACGUGUAUCAGAGUGGAAACAAUCUGUCAGAUGAACAGGACCAGCGUUACAGAGGUCGCACAGAGAUGAAGGAUGAAGAUCCACUGAGAACUAAAGACUUCAGUCUGACCCUGAAACCCCUCCACCUCACUGACAGUGGAGUCUACACCUGCACCAUCUCCAACAAGGAUGAACGCGUGCUGCUACAGAAAGUAGUGAUACUCAGUGUCAGAGCUCCUCAGCCAGAGGUGGUGAAUGCAACAGAUGCAGACGAGUCUGCCCUGCUGCCCUUUACAACCACGGCCGGCCUUCGUCAGGACGUCACAGUGGAGUGGACUGUCACUGAACCCACAAAGAGGAAGGUCCACGUGUAUGAGAGUGGAAACAAUCUGUCACACCAGGAUUACAAGGAUCGCACAGAGAUGAAGGAUAAAGAUCCACUGAGCACUAAAGACCUCAGUCUGACCCUGAAACACCCCCGCCUUGACGACAGUCGUAGCUACACCUGCACCGUCUACGACAAGGAUGGACACAUGCUGCUACAGAAAGUAGUGACUCUCAGAGUCAGAGAGAGUCUGCCAGACAUUGUGCAGGCGGUAAAAGGAGCGGCGUCCAUCGAGCUGCCCUUAAAAACCACAGCUGACCUUCCUCAGGACGUCACAGUGAAGUGGAAACUCACUCAACCCAAACACAUGAUGGUCCACGUGUAUGAGAGUGGAAACAAUCUGUCACAACCGGAUUACAAGAAUCGCACAGAGAUGAAGAAAGAUCCACUGAGCACUAAAGACCUCAGUCUGACCCUGAAACACCCCCACUUUAGUGACACUGGAGUCUACACCUGCACCGUCUCCAACAAGGAUGGAGACACGCUGCUGCAGAAAUCAGUGACUCUCCAUGCCACGGACGACCCUGUGACGAUAAAGAGGGCAGUGUAUGGAGACAAGUCUUAUUUGUUAGAAUUUAACAAAACAGAACACCGUGACGUUUCCACAGUGGAGUGGAAACUCAUAUACCCCAAAUACAAGUUGAUGAAGAAAAUACCUAACCAUCAGGGAAGUGAGGUAGACUUCAGUCUGAACCUGGAAGACCUCCAGCUCACUGACAGUGGAGUCUACACCUGCACCACCUAUAAGGAGGAUGGACGCGCUCUGCUACAGAGAUCAGUGACUCUCAGUGUCAGAGACUUCCAGAUGGAAGUGGUGGAGGUGCCACAGGGGGAGGAGUCUGUCCUGCUGCCCUUUAAAACCACAGCUGACCUUCAUCAUGUUCGCAAAGUGUACUGGAUGUUCACUGAACACGAAAUCGCCAUGGUCGAUGUGUAUGAGAGUGAACCCAGCAACCAGCAAAAUAAACAGCACCAGCGUUACAGAGGUCGCACAAAGAUGGAGGAAGAUCCACUGAGAACUGGAGACCUCAGUCUGACCCUGAAACACCCCCGCCUUGACGACAGUCGUAGCUACACCUGCACCGUCUACAACAAGGAUGAUCGCGUGCUGCUACAGAAAGUAGUGAUACUCAAAGUCAGACCAACCUUAAAGGGAAUCAUGGCAGACAUGCUUCCACGGACGAGGAGGCCACCAAAACAGGAACCGAGGAACACGAACCAUGAAGACGUUCCUCUGAUGGCGGUUCAUUCAGCUUGAUGGGUCACAGAGGAGGAGGAGCUGGUGAUGAAGAGCAGCCUGUGUGUAUAUACAGUAUCUGUUGUGUAUUCAGCCCUGAAGAAGAUGAAAAUUGCAGCUUUGCUUUGGCCUUCCUCUGCUAACAGCUAACAGCUAACUAACCUCAGCCAGAUGUUCUGCAGCUGUUUGUCUAACAUUAGAAGUUUAUAAUGAUGAUGACCCCGAGUGUGUUUCUGCUGUUCUGAUGGAUCUCCACAGAGCGUUUUGACCUUUGACCCACAUGAAGCUAACAUGUGACACAAAGGUCAAAGCUGCUGACUGUCAGGAAGCAUCAAACAUCAUGAAACACCCCCUCUGAUCUCAGCGCUACCUGAGGCCACACCCACACUUCCUGUCAGUGCCUGUGAUUGACAGCUGCCUGAGGUCACUGAUGUUGUGAUGUUGGUGUUGUAUGAACCACAUUAAAUGUUUUUUACUUAUUAA